AUGGACUCGUUUAAAGAUUUGUUAACAGAAACCGUUGGUCAAAUCAAGCGCGCUAACGAAUAUUUUGCCGAGCAGCAGAUGAAAGAAAUUAAGAAACUAAAGUAUAGCGAACCACGUAAGUUCAAGAAGAAGGCCAACGAAGACCAGUUUCAAAGGAUCCACAGUGCAGAAUUUUGCGGCCAUGUAGCGUACUAGGCCGGUAAGACGAAGAAGACCACUCUUUCAAGUCUCAACAACAGAUCCUCGCCAGUGGGAACGCCGGCGUCCACCCCAAGUUUACAGAUGCAACCCCAGCCUCUUAUGUCAAACGUUCCUGUUUUUCGCCUUCUCGUCGACCCAGUGUCGGGACCUGUUUUGCCUGUGGAAAGCGUUCCUGUUACCGGACGAUGGACAAGCCAAACAUCCCAAACGGCUUCAU